AUGCUGCGCCACAGUGACUCGACCACGAGGAGUCCAGGACCAGCCCCGUUGGUGACUUCACUUCUCUUGGGCCCAACCGACCAUCCCACACAAUCCAAACAGGGAAAAUCAAGGAAACGAACGGCUGUUCCAACUCCGACUCUUCAGCGGUCUGACGAUAACGGACCCAAUCUCACACUUAUCCCCCAAAUGGACACCGUUGCCGAUCCCACUGACUUACCGUUCACUGCUACAGCUCCUCCUGUUGACUCCGACUCUGAACUUCGACUCCACCAACCUCAUUAUCAAACCGCGAGUGUUACACAACGGUCAUUGCUGGACAACUUUGCUAUCCCAGGACAAUCUUCCGUGCCUAGCCAUGGCCUCCACAACCCACUGAACGUUUCAUCGGAUAACCCACAGGACAUUCCACACUCUCUUCCGACCCAUUCCGCAAAUGUGUUGCCAGCUGCAAUAUCUACAGAUAUCGACGAUGAAAGAAGUGGCGAGGAUAACAGAAACGCACAAUCAACGAUUUAUGACAGAUUAGAUGAUCAACGUCGAGAACUCGAUAAUACAUGGGGCCAAGAUCGAGCAAUACCCGUCAGCGGAAUUGAUACACAUUCAGAAUGUGAAAGCAACCGCUCUAGAAUGGAAUCACAAUUUGCCGACCGUUUAUUUCACCUUGAGCAAGAUUUUUCAGACGAAAUUCAAACAAGUAGACAACAAGUAGAAAAAAAGAUUACUUAUUUCCGUAUCGGCAGGUUGCCAGACCGUGAAGGUCAUGACUUUGGGGCAAUUUAUAAAGCAAUGCCAGAUGCACGGCGACGCUUUACAGUCAAACUUGUUCAGAAAUACGCCUGGUUAAAAGAAGAGAUGACAGAAUCCGUGGCCCGAAAUGUUGCACAGUACUGUUUAUCUGCGCGUCAUUUGGAGUAUCUACAACUGAAUUGCCAAACACGACCACAAUAUGUUGGACAUUUUCUUAAAAUGGUUCUCCGCUCCGGUAAACAACAGAUAGAAAACGAGUUUUUAAAUGCAUUGCAAACAGAAGGAAGGGAUGGUAUUCGAUUUACGAAUGAAGUGGAGCAAUUAUUAGUUACUAGAGAGAAAAUGAAAGCAUUUGAAGAUUUGCAAACGGAGAGGAAUCAGUACCACAUCAGUGAAGAAAGGCUGCCAAACGUCUGCUUUCAUAGUGUUGAAGUUGACAUUUUAAAUGACCACUUGUUUUCAAGACUCUUCUUCAGCUACAAAGAACAUUCAGACAUAGAAGAAUACAAUAGAAGUUCCAUGUUUUUUGAAACAUUUCGUAAAUGCCAGGAAAACGUAUUUGAUGCCUUCAAAUGCAUUUGCGAUACAAAUGGCAUUUUCAUUAAUGGAAACGCACAGCGAGAUAAUAGCAGAAUCACUGAUGUCAUCAUUGACGAGCCUUCUACUCCACCGUCGUUACAAACAAUCGGAAUUGAAACAAUUCACACGAAUGAAGGAUCGCUUGUAAUGAUCUUGAAACUUACGGAGGAGCACUCUCUUACAAAUCUAAAAGACAAAUGUGAGGAUGGCAGCAUCGGCGAUGUCUUGAUCGAUCUAUUACAGCGAAAAGAUGUACGGGAACGACUGAAUGCUGGCACGUACGAUUUCAAAAUGAAACUCCAUGCAACUACAGAAGAUGCUCACUUUGUUGAAAUGAAGAUUGAAGGAACGAUUUUCGACCAAAAAGAUAUUUUCAAUAAUUAUUUUAACUCAAUCUUUAAGAAAUGA